AUGGGUGAUAGCGAUGAUGAUUUUGAUAGUCGACGAAAUCGUGAUAAAUUUCGUCGUGAACGUGAUGAUUUUAGUGGAAAUCGAGGAAAUAAUAAUCGUAAUAGUGGAGAAUGGAAUGAUGGAAGAGAUCGAUCAAAUCAAUUUCGAAGACAAUAUCCCAGUGGUCCAUUAUUAGGACGUGAUUUUCCAUCAAGAUACAAUCGAAGUCCAGCUAUGAGUCCACCACAAAAUAAACGUAUUCGACGUGAUUGGGAAGGUCUUGAUCAAUCACCAUCUCAUUUUGAUUCAACUAUAAGUUCAUCAUAUUCUUCUAGUGGAGGAAAUUUUCAACCAUCAAAUAUUCAAUCGACUACUGAUCAAUUGAAUAAAGAAUCAUCUGAUAAUGCAACACAACCACCAAUGCUUAGUUUUAAAAAUUUUCUUCUCAAUCAAGAUGAUAAUAUUGAUCAAGAAGAAGCUGUUAAACGUUAUAAUGAUUAUAAAAUAGAUUUUAAAAAAACUCAAAUAACCGAAUUUUUUACAAGCCAUAAAAAUGAAGAAUGGUUUAAAUAUAAAUAUUAUCCUGAUGAAUAUUUAAAACGUCGUCAAGAACAAAAACAAAUAAUUAAAAAACGUUUAGAAAUUUUUAUGGAUCUUUAUAAUAAAGGAUAUUUGAAUAAUGUUAGUGUUGAUAUUGAUAAUCAACAAGCACUUAUAAGAUUUCUUGAUGCUGCUGUUAUCAAAAUGGAAGGUGGAAAUGAUCAGGAUCUUCGUGUACUUGAUAUUAUGGGAUCAUUAAAUAAUACAAACGAUGAAAAUAUAUCUACAGAUAAAAUAGAUAAUAAUGAAAUUAAUUCGAAAAAAUCUUCUGACAAUAAAAGAAAACGUGAAGAUAGUAAAUCUGAUGAUGGAACUGUAUCUGAUGGUGAUAAUAGAUUAUUAAUUUCUGAAUCAAAAGAUAAUAAUGAACAUGAAGUUGGUGAAGUAUCUGAUACAUCACGAUUAUUACAUCGAACAUCAUCAAUAUUCUUUCGUCAUUUACCAAUACAAACAACAAAAGAUGAUCUUGAAAAUAUAUGUAAACAAUAUGCCGGUUUUCGUCGUGUUUGUAUAACUGAUCCUGCACCUGAACGAAAAUUUUCUCGUCGUGCUUGGGUUACAUUCGAUCAUUCAAUUCAAAUUCGAAAUAUUUGUUAUGAACUUAAUCUUACAAAAAUACAUGAUGUUGAUAUGAGUGCUAUAAUAAAUCGUGAACUUAAAAAUCGUGUUCGUACAAUAAAUGGUAUUGGAAAUCAUAAAACUAUUGUACGUAAUGAUAUUCGACUUAUAACAAAAAUUAUUAAACAAUUUGAUGAACGAUGGAAUAUUUGGGAAACAAAUGAAAAAAAUAUUACAAAAACAACUCCAUUAAUAAUAGAUGAUAGUGAAAUAUCAUCAUCAACAAUGAAUAUAUCAUUGAUAAAAAAUAAACAUCCAAUUGGUUUUAUUAGUUAUAAUCCAUUAUUAAAAAAUAUAACUGAAUAUCUUGUUGAAGAAGAUGAUACAGAAGAAGAAGAAUUACUUGGUAAUAUAUCAAAAAUAAAUCAAAAUAAUUCGAAUACAUUUGAAAUUGAUAAAGAAUUAACUAAAGUAUUAGAUCGUUUAAUUUUAUAUUUACGUGUUGUUCAUUCAGUUGAUUAUUAUAAUGGUACUGAAUAUACUCAAGAAGAUUCAAUGCCAAAUCGUUGUGGUGUUAUACAUGUACGUGGUAUACCAUUAUCUUCAAUAACACAAAAUGAAUUAACUAAUUUUAUACAACAAUUUGAAAUACGUCUAAAAACAUUGAUUGAUUUUCAUGAAAAAUUAGAUAAUAAUGAAGCUUUAAAAUUAGGUGCAAAAAAUGAAGAAAAUGAAAUAGAAAAAUUUAUUAAUAUAAAUUGUCAAGAAAUUAGUAAAGAUAAAUGGUCAUGUCCAUUAAGUGGAAAAAAAUUUAAAGGUCCAGAAUUUGUUCGUAAACAUAUUUUAAAUAAACAUCAAGAUAAACUUGAUGAAGUUAAAAAAGAAGUUAUUUAUUUUAACAAUUAUUUAUAUGAUCCGAAACGACCACAAUUACCAGAACAUCCAUCAAAUAAACCUGGAGCAACACCAACUGGACCAAAUACAUCUGGUUUACCAUUACCAACACCAAUGGCUGCUCAACCAUUACUUACACGUACUCCUAUAUGGCCUCCUAUGACUGCACCUCCUCAUUCUGGUCCAUCGGGUUAUUAUCCGAAUCAAUUUCAUCAAAUUCGUCAUCCAAGACCACCAUUUAUGUAUCAAGGUAUCGGUGGACCUCCUGGUGGUCCAAUUCAUCGACCACCAAGUAAUCGACCAUUAAGAAGUUAUGAAGAUCUUGAUGCACCAAAUGAAAUAUAA